UUUCCCGGCUGGGCUCUGGAGCGGCGGGUGCAGCGCGAUGCGCGGGUACCCGGGAGCGGACGGCUGCGAGCCCCGAUGAAGCCGGAGCCGCCCCAGCCCGAUGGAGGCGCCUCCGUGGGAGCCGGUGCGCAAUGACUCGCUGCCGCCCACGCUGAGCCCGGCUGUACCGCCGUAUGUGAAGCUCGGCCUCACAGCAGUCUACACCGCCUUCUACGCGCUCCUCUUCGUGUUCAUCUACGCGCAGCUCUGGCUGGUGCUGCGCUACCGCCACAAGCGGCUCAGCUACCAGAGCGUCUUCCUCUUCCUCUGCCUCUUCUGGGCCUCUCUGCGUACUGUGCUCUUCUCCUUUUACUUCCGAGACUUCGUGGCGGCCAACUCGUUCAGCCCCUUCGUCUUCUGGCUGCUCUACUGCUUCCCCGUGUGUCUGCAAUUCUUCACCCUCACGCUCAUGAACUUAUACUUCACGCAGGUGAUUUUCAAAGCCAAGUCAAAAUAUUCUCCAGAAUUACUCAAGUAUAGGUUACCCCUCUACCUGGCCUCACUUUUCAUUAGUCUUGUUUUCCUGCUGGUGAAUCUGACCUGUGCUGUGCUGGUGAAGACGGGUACCUGGGAAAGGAAGGUGAUCGUCUCUGUGAGAGUGGCCAUCAAUGACACACUCUUCGUGCUGUGUGCCAUCUCUCUCUCCAUCUGCCUCUACAAAAUCUCCAAGAUGUCCCUGGCCAACAUCUACCUGGAGUCAAAGGGCUCAUCAGUAUGUCAGGUAACUGCCAUCGGUGUCACCGUCAUCUUGCUCUACACCUCUCGGGCCUGCUACAACCUGUUCAUCUUGUCCUUUUCUCAGAUCAAGAAUGUCCACUCCUUUGAUUAUGACUGGUACAAUGUAUCAGAUCAGGCAGAUCUGAAGAGCCAGCUGGGUGAUGCCGGCUAUGUAGUGUUUGGUGUGGUGCUUUUUGUGUGGGAGCUCCUACCCACCACCUUGGUGGUUUACUUCUUCCGAGUCAGAAACCCCACGAAGGACCUUAGCAACCCUGGGAUGGUCCCCAGCCAUGGAUUCAGUCCCAGAUCUUACUUCUUUGACAACCCCCGAAGAUACGACAGUGAUGAUGAUCUUGCCUGGAACAUUGCUCCUCAGGGACUUCAGGGAAGUUUUGCUCCAGACUACUAUGAUUGGGGACAACAAAGUAACAGCUCCCUGGUGCAAGCAGGACUUUUGCAACAAGACUCCACUUUGGAUCCAGACAAAGCAAGCCAAGGGUAGCACCAGCUAACAGUCCUAAGGAAGAGUCCUCUGUUGAAAACCUUCAGCCAGACAGACUGGAUGACAGCUGAGUUUUUAGGCACUUUUCCUCAUGAAACAGGACUUCAGUUUUUUGCUAUAGCUUUCUCAUGGCUAGAUAGGACUAAGCAAUAAUUUAGAGUGAUAAACUCUCACUUUAGUACUAGCAGAGAGCCUGGCUAUUUCAGUGGGUAUUAAUUUAAACUUUUAAAAGAGAUUCUGUACUUUUAUAAAGAUGUAUUUUAUAUAACUUAAAUACUAAUGCUAAAGUAUACUAGGUUUUUUUUCUUGAUUGUUACUGCAAUGUAUGUUGUAGUUUGCACAGAUUUUCAUGCAUAAUUCACUUUAAAACGUAUAGCAUACGUGGUCUAAUAGUUUAAAGAUUUUUGGCAAAGAGUUUCUUCAAUCCUUACCUCUGAAGGUCACUGUGAUUGUGAGCACCACACUGGUGAACUCCUUUAGCUGCCAUUCCAGUGGUAAAGGUUAACAGGAAGCAGAGAACCAGUGUGAACAUAACUGGCUCCACAGUAGUAGUCUCUCUUGAACGUUGCCCAAAGUCUGGUGCUUCUUCAUCCAAGAGCACUACUAUAAGCCCUCCAGUAACAAAUGGAUGCUGUCAAGAUGUAGUCACUGACAUUAUGCAGCUGCCUUGGCUGUGUGGGUAGCCAUUUUGUAUAGUUUUCUUCAGCCCAGUAUAACGGAAUACUACCUCAGUAGGAUGGCAAGACUGCCUUCCCUGACUCAGCCAGUGCUUACUAUAGUUAACCAAGAGGUCCCUACAGAGUGUUAACAAUAAAUAUUUCUGGCCCUCAAGCUAAAGGACUGUGGACCCUGACAGCUUUUCUCUAAAACAUGCCUGUGAUUUGUAUGAGACUGACAUAGUGUAUAUGAAAAAAUGGGCUCUGCCUAUGUGGUAGCAGGACCCCUGCCUCAGACAGAGAGCAUUCCAGACAGUGAUCCCCAUGUGCUAUCUUAGGGCUCCCCGUGCACACUCUGGAACCAAAAUGGCCAUCCUGGAGGCUGGGUGCUCUGGCUUCUCACAAACUGCAUCAUCUGGUCACCAGAGUCAAAAGACAAGUCUCUCUCACAGGCUAUAGCCCACAUCACACAUUACUCCUGAUGUCCUACCCAUCUUGGGGAUUUAAUAGGUACAAGCCCACUCUCUAUUUUGGUGUAUUUAAGAUUGGGAUUCCAAGUUUCAAAUAGGUCGCAAUUGGAUUUUCAUUGCAUAGAACACAAAGUUGACCCUGCAUAGCCCCUCACCACGUCUUUGCUUUUGAGUAUGAGAAAGCAUCUGGGUUACAAGCCAUUUAAAAUAGUUAUUUGUUAAAAAAAUAGUUACUUGUUAGGGCAAAUUCGACACAGGUAGCUUACAAUAAAAGUGUAUUAAAACAGCGUGUCUAUCGCUAUACCUGCAACAAUUUGACAGUUGUAGCCAGUGCCCACAGCCCGUGUCCUUGUCUCCACCAUGUCUAUCUCUGUCCGCAGCCAAGGGCAAGGCUUUCUGAAAAGCACAGCGUCAUCAAGAUACUUCUGUAUGCACACGUUUUGUAGCACAUGCACACUUUAUAGUUUGUCAUUGUCUGUAAGAAAACAGGCACCCAGCAUAAAGUGACAAGUUAUAUGAUGCACUUUUACAAUAAAGUUGUCAGCAUUCAUGUCAGGUACUUAUUUAUUGGAAAGAACGAAAUGACAUGUCUAUUGAAUUUCACUGGUUAUACCUCAGAUGCUGGUCACCACAGGCUGGAAUAUAAACACGGUGGCUGUGGUUCUCAUGCAGGGAAGGAGGUCUGAGUCACUGUUGAGCCUUCUCCCUUACUUCCUCUGCUAACAAAACUGCUCCUAAUGUGUUAGAAUGAACCCAGGGAAAGAAAAGCUCACGUUUACAACACCAUGAAAUUAAAACCCUGGUAAUAUUAAAGCUUAAAGUGCACAGGACCAAGCAUGGUAUUAUGAUUUCAAUCCUUGCACCAGGUCAAGUUUGAGGCCAGCCUGGACUAUAGUAAUACUCUGAGAUGAACAAGCACAUUUUUGACUGCUGGGAGAGUCAUUUGCACACACAGCUAAGAAUUCUGGCCAAGCCAUGUUCAUACCUAUCCCUGAUUGGCACAUAUUCCUUUAGACAGUUAAUAUCCAAGUGUUAUGAAUUGUGAAGUACAAGUUACUACAGCAUACAUGCCAGUCACAUUUAUUUUCUGUGGCUGUAGCAAAGAUGGAAUCCAGGACCUUACUCAUAUAGCAAGUGCUCUACCACUGAGCUGUAUGUAUCCUUAGCUCUUGCCAACUCUGUCAUGACUAUGUCAGACAUAGUCAUAAUAGCUGCUCUUGUCCCAUGUUUAUCUGUGUAGAUCAGGUAGACCCUAGUGGCUCCCAAAUUCCCCCCUCACUAAAACUCAACUGCUUUUAGUGGACAAUAUUGCUGAACCCAACACUGGACCCCUAUGAAGAGCAAAAGAAGCAUUAGUCACUAUAGGUGCUUCAGAAGCACCAUGAGAAACUCAUUUGGAUCUACAGAGUGUAUUACUAGAAUAUUGUGUGCCCAUAUGUAUGUGUACCUGCACAGUGGCAAUCAAAUCCAGGCCUUAUAUUAGCUGCUAAACAAUGCUUUGCCACUGAGCUACAUAUAUUCCAGCCCAUUUAUUCUAUUAUAAGGUUAUAAAUAAUUUAUCAAAAUUUACAAGCCAACUAUUUUAGAAAAAGAAUCCUACUUUUACUUUUAUGGGGCAGAGAUCCAGACUGGUGCAGAAACACACCAGUGUCCACUCCCACUUUAUCAAAGAUGUAUGAGCUAUUCACAACAUCUGACAGGACCAGAUUGGGAGCUACCAAAAGGAGCAGACUCAAGUCAGAGUUUUCAGCAAAAAAUAAGCUAGUAAGACAAAGAGAAAAUUUCUUAAAUGGGACUGUAAAGACAGGCCAUGAAUUCAGUGUCUACUGGGUGUCUUUGCUGUAUGGUACCCGACUUGGGGUUCUCAUGAGUUUGGAUUUGAAACCAUAAAGAGAGGAUCACACACAUUAACUUCCUUUUAGCUCCUGGUAGAGACAUAAAAAGCCCUCUCCCAAAGAACAAAAUACCUGGUACCUGCUGUAGUCAUUACUAUGCCCCAAACUAUUGGGCUCCCAUACCUUUGCCUCCUUCUUGCCCCGGGUAGGUUCUAUGUUCAGUAUGGACUCAUGCAAUCUCAGCUUCUGAUUCUUGGAUCCAAAUGUAGGCUGUUGGCAGCUCCUACAGACAUCCACUACUGCCUUCUCCAAACCUUGAUCUGCCCUGUUGUUUUCUUAUGCUAUCUUAACCAGUGGUGGCCUUUCCCCUAAGCCUCAUCUGUAACCCUCAAAUUGUGAUUUUCUAUACUCUGAAUAGACGAUAUGUCCCCAAACUUUAGCCUAGUUAGAACUGGAGUUUAGAGGCCCACUUUAUUCAGUUUAUGAGCCUCAAAAUUCUUCCCUUUCUACCAGCACUUGUUCAUAUGAUUCUGACACCCAUUAAUCUCUUCCCAAUCAUGGUGUUUCUUCAAGUCCUAACUACAGCAUAAACAGGUACAUGCAUUCAGAUAAACAGUGCCUUUCCAGAGCUGCUGUGUCUUCAUGUACUUCCCUACAAAUAAACUCAGCAGCCCCAUUCCAGCUUCAAGUCUCCAGGGCAAGGGACUGUCAAAGGCUUUGCCCAGCUGUCUGUAGGUGUAUCCUAGGCAGAAUGGCCAGAAUAUGGUUUGGCAAGGCCCUGACUGGUAGCUGUCAGAUGGCUUUCCCCAAGUCAAUAUGCUGGCAGCAUCAGGAGGCUACCUGUACUGCUGGGAAGAUUUUUAGGUGGCACAUGGCCUCAGUGGUAUUGUCUUCAGGUGCAGUCUUACUAUAAGUGGAAUGGAAUCUGGUUGGACUGUGGAAGGCUGAGCUGUGUAAUGGCAGUAGUGUUUGUUUCACUCACUGCUAUAUCUCCAGACCCCCAAAAAGCCAAAUUCCAUUCUUUUCAUAGCUGCCCUUACGUAACUUGCACUUGCACUUUUACAAGUUUAGCACUUGCUGAAGGGCUCCCCCACUUAUGAGUCUCUAGCAGAUAUCCAAUUUUGAAAGUAAGCCCCAAAUCAUUCUUGGGGACUUUGUCAUACAAGGUGAACUGUGACUUCAUGGGUGCUGUGUCAUACCUCUAUGAACUGCUCCAUUUAGUGAGAGCACUCACAGAAUUACCCCAGGUAGUUAAGGUCUAAAAGGCUUUUUCCUGUGUGAGGCCGAGUUAGAAGAAUAAAGAUAUCAAGAGAUUGAAAGUAUCUUCACAUCUAAGGAUGUAGUUGUAGGCAGGGUGCUUGUCCCACAUGUAGGAAGCCCUGGGUCUAAUCCCCAGCACAGUGUAAAAUGGGCAUGAUUGUUUACACCUGUGAUCCCAGCACCUGGAAGCUGGAGAAGAAGAUUAGAAGUGGGAAUCUGAGGUCAGCUUCAGACACACAAGACCCUGAAAGUAAUGACAGGGAGAGAGACUCCCCCCCAAAAAGAAAACAGUCUAACAGCAUUCUGUCAUGCUAUAAGGAUUUUUCAAAGCUCAUGUGGAAUCAAACAGAUUCUAGGAAAAACAAAAGGAGGAUGUGGUCAAUUUGGACACAUUAAUAGUAAACGCUAAAUCACCAUUAAAUCAUGUGUUGGCUUCACAUUGAGGAAAGAACACUCCCCUCAGUGUCCUUUAACCAAGAGUGAGCCCAGAUUUGAAUUUUCUGUUUCAUGCUGCCUGUGUCUUCUGUCCUCAUCCAUCCUAUGUGUCUGUUAUAUCAGUCUAAAUCUGUACCUGCCUGAAGGCUGUCUUGUAAAUCAAUCCCUGUGUGCAUCUCUCACAAAGGGCUUUGCUCUUAUUGAGAAGCACAGAAGGCAUCACAUGGGGAAGGAAUGAUACUUAACAAAUCUUUAACAGAGGUCUACAAGGGAUUAAGUCAGACUCCAAUUAACCCCAACUGACCCAGAUAAACAAUAGUGUUUGAAAUACUGUUAUCAAGCAAUAUUCAAAUGUUGUGUCCAACAUUUAUGGUGGAUUUCAUUUUAGAAGACUGUUCUCAACUUCUGUAUUUGCUGUUUUCAGCAACUGAUCCAUACACAUGCAUUACUCUGGGUCAAGGACAUGGAGGAAUAUAUAACUUAAAAUUAUAGCUAUACAUUGGGAAUUCCAAGGGCAAGUAACUGUUAACAAUGUUCUGUAAAAAGCUGGUUAAACAAACAGCUGAGUAUACAGUAGGAUAGUAGUCUUUAAGUCAUAAGUGACCUCAGAGUAUAUGGACUCUGGCUGUGAGGUCCAUCAAAAGUUGUAGUCCAGUCUCUAAGAAUGUAUAUUUUUAUAAUAUACAUCAUCACAACAAAAGGCAGAGGACUAAUAUUAAAUAUUACUUAAUUAAAACAAUGUCUACUGGCACAUAUAGAAAAUGGGCUGAUGGGAUGGAACAGGACCUAGGUAAAGAGCUAAACGCAUAAAGAUAUCAAGAGAUCUGUCGUGCCUACAUGUAGUCUCCAACUAGUCAUGGAAAAGAUGGGCUCUUCAGGAACAACUAGGUUACCCUCCAGAGAAAAUAAGGUUGGUUUCUUAACAUGUAUUUUGUACUAGGAUCCAUUCCAAAGAAUCAGAAUUUUAAAAUGAAAAAGCAAAACCAUCAAUACUUCAGAAAAAAAAAUACUAGUGGACUACUGUCUUGGUCUGAAGUGAGGAAGACAGUCUAUGAGUUGAUAACAAAAAUCACCAAAGAACUGGUAAAUCAGACCAUAAAACAGCCUGGUAAAACCAUUAGAGCAAAGCCAAAUAACACAUUGGAAGAAUAUGCCACUCAUCACACCUGAAGGGUUAAUACUCCUAACAGGUGAGGUUCUAAUAACCAUGUGGUAAAAGUGGACAAAGACCACUAAGCAGAGUCAGUAGACUCCUUCAUAUAUUAAAAGUUGUUCAUUUUAUAAUUAGGCAAAAAAUGAGUUAUUUUAAAUUUACAUUCUAUCAGAAUGUCCAACUCUAGCAUUCGAAUACCAUCUGAUGGUGAUGAUGUUGGUGAGCAAGCACAGUUAAACUGUAGGCGGUGUGUAACCUGAACUAGCCUCUGUGCAGGGCAGAGUGAGUCAGUGCCUCUCAAAACUCAAAGUGUGUGCAGUCUUUCACUUUUGAAUACUUACUGUAGAAAUGUACAUAUACAAACGGGACAUGACAUGUGGACAAGGUCCAGAAACAACACAAAUGCCCAAGAAUGGUACUGCUCACUAAAUGGGCACAGCCCAUAGUACGGACUCCAAGCAACCACUAAAGUGAAAAAGCUACCUGGUGAUAUGUGGCCAUUGAAAUAUUUGGUGAUAAAAAGCAGACAGAGUGUGUGUGUGUGUGUGUGUGUGUGUGUGUGUGUGUGUAUGUGAUGUCACUCCAAGUAAAGAUAGAGAAAAAUAAGGCUUUAUAUUUGUAUAUGUUGGCAUACUAAAAAAAAAAAAAAAAAGGUAUGUUUGGAAGUACAAAAAGUCAAGGGGAGAGGUAUGUGUGGGCACUGUGGAAAGUUGGGAAAACAUUGUACUUUUGGCAUAAAAUGUGUUUUUUAAUCAUAUGAAUGUACCACUUAUUCAGAAAGUCAAAUAAAACAAGCUUUUUU